AUGAGGAGUCUGGUGGUUCUCGCUUUUCUGGUAGCUAGCGCCUGUGGAUGUGGCCUUCCCACCUUCCCUCCUGUGCUGAGCAGGGUGGUGGCAGGAGAGGACGUCAGGCCUCACAGCUGGCCCUGGCAGAUCUCACUCCAGUCAGACAGCAGUGGGCGCUGGAGGCACGUCUGUGGAGGCACCCUCAUCUCAUCUGACUGGGUCCUCACUGCUGCACACUGCAUCAAUGACCGCUACAACUACAGAGUGGAGCUGGGUAAACACAGCCUGAAGACAAGCGAGGAGGACUCAAUAGCUCUGAGGGCAGCCCAGAUCAUCACUCAUGAGGACUACAACAUCCUGCUCAGCCGUAAUGACAUUGCCCUCAUCAAGCUGUCUUCCCCUGUCACCUUCACUGACACAAUCAAGCCCGCCUGCCUGCCAGAGCGGGGCGUCGUCCUGCCCCACGGCACUCCAUGCUACGUCACCGGCUGGGGUCGACUCUCCACCAGCGGUCCUCUGGCGGACAUCCUGCAGCAGGCUCUCCUGCCAGUGGUUGGCCACGAUACUUGCACACAGCCCGACUGGUGGAGCGUCCUGGCAACGGACAAGAUGGUGUGUGCCGGGGGAGAUGGCGUCACUGCUGGCUGUAACGGAGACUCUGGUGGCCCUCUGAACUGCCAGAACCCAGAUGGCUCCUGGGACGUCCACGGCGUGGUGAGCUUCGGUUCUGGUCAGGGCUGCAAUGUCUUCCAGAAGCCUACUGUCUUUACCCAAGUCAGCUCUUACAUCAGCUGGAUGAACACAGUGAGGCAUAUUUCCAUUUUCUAA